GAAUCACGUCUCCUGGGGGGGCCCCAGAUUUCCUGUGCUGACCAAAUUCUGAUCCUCCUGCAGACCCAGUUCCCAGACUCCGCCCUUGUCUUGCUGGAGGGCUCGUCCAAUGGCCAUCCCCAAGAGCCCCCUGAGCACUGUGUGCUGGAAACAGGAUGACUUCCUCCGAGUGAAGGUGGAGAACGAAAGGGCAGACUUUCCCCUGGUCCGGGAAUCUAGCCUCAGCCACACUCCCCACCCGGAGGCUGCCCGCCUGCGCUUCCGGCACUUCCGUUAUGAGGAGACGUCUGGUCCACAGGAUGCACUUGCCCAGCUGUGGGAGCUGUGCCGGCAGUGGCUGCGGCCAGAGAUGCACUCGAAGGAGCAGAUCCUGGAGCUACUAGUUCUGGAGCAGUUCUUGGGGACACUACCCCCUGAGAUCCAGACCUGGGUGGAAGCCCAGUGCCCCAAGAGCAGUGAGGAGGCUGCCGUGAUGGUGGAAGAUGUGACUCAAGUGCUGAUUAAGAAAGGAUGGGAACCAGAAGCCGAACUGUCAGAGGCAAACGACAAACAGAGUGACUCAGAAGAGUCAGAACCUUCAGACAGGGCCACUGAAACUCUUGAGGAAGAGUGUGUUUCCCUGGGAUCUACCUUUGGCAAUUCCUGUAAAUCCGAGGGCAGCUCGGAGCGGCAGGAGGACCUCUCAGAGGUUAUCUGGACCAAGUCUGGCACCCAAGAGAUAGAUCUCGGGAAAACAUCAGUGCUCCACAAGGAUGCUCCUACCGAGCAGCCCAGCUGUGAAUCUGGUGUCUUGGGGAAUAUGCCCAAUGCGUGGACAAACUUCACCUCCCAGGAGGAGCCUCCUCUAGAAGAGAAAUUUGACCCAUUGGAUGGUUAUGGGACAGAACUUCCACGUCUGUAUUCUGGGAGGAAGUCCACCAAGUGUGGCCAAUGCGGGAAAACAUUCCAGAGCCCCUUGACCCUGGAGGCACACCAGAAGAGCCAUUCCCGAAAGACACCGCAUGCCUGCAGAGAGUGUGGCAAGGCCUUCCGCCGCAGCACACACCUGGCCCAGCACCUGGUUGUCCACACGGGAGCAAAACCCCACGAGUGUAAGGAGUGUGGCAAGGCCUUCAGCCGGGUCACCCACCUAACUCAGCACCGGAGGAUCCACACGGGGGAGAAGCCCUACGCGUGUGGGGAGUGCGGCAAAACUUUCAGUCGCAGCACCCACCUCACCCAGCACCGGCGGGUGCACACGGGGGAGCGGCCCUACGAGUGCGAGGAGUGCGGCAAGGCCUUCAGUCAGAGGACCCACUUGACUCAGCACCAGCGCAUCCACACUGGCGAGAAGCCCUACAAGUGUGAUACUUGCGGGAGAGCCUUUAGUGACUGCUCGGCACUGAUCCGGCAUCUCAGGACCCACUCUGGGGAGAAGCCGUAUCAGUGUCAGAUGUGCCCCAAGGCCUUUAAGCAGAGCUUUUCCCUCAUCGAACAUCAGAGAAUCCACACCGGGGAGAAACCCUACAAGUGCAGGGACUGUGGGAAGUCCUUUAGCCGCAGCUCAGCACUCAUGCUUCACCUGAGGAUCCACUUUACUGUGCUGCAGUGACCAGAGAAAGCCUGGACAUCACAGUCUCUCCUCAGGACCAACAGCUAGGAAUCUUGAGCUUCUAAAGGGCCAAGGAUAGGGUGAGUAACGACAGCCCAGAAAGGAUAAGUUGGUUGAGGACAGGCUUUGGCACUGUCCAGAAACACUUCUGCACUUGGUGGCUCGAAUCUCUUGAUGAAUGCAAAAGUGUUCAUGCCAGCUUCAGAAGCUUCCAAAGGAUUCUGCCACCCCCAUUCUCAUCUCAGAGGACAGCUGAGCUGAGAGUUUUGAUUGGCCUUCAGAGCAAGGCUGAAUGAAGCCUCUGUCAGGACUGUUGGUCUCGAGAUGCUCUGGGCAGGGAAGGUCCAGUUUCGUGUUCCAUGUGGCUCCUCUUCUUCACUGUUCCUCAUGCUUAGCCCAGAAAGGGGCUUGUUCACAUCCACCUGUGUCUUCA